AUGCUGUCCCCAGGUCAACCCUCGGGAUGGAUGGAGCUCUCAGCAUCUUCGGACCACCCCUACCCUGCAGCUAUGUCUGUUGAGCGAGCUCUCCGUUGUGUUCCGCCGCACGGAAAUCUUGAUGCCUCUGAUCUCAGCCAGGCUCAUGCCCGAACAGGAAAUGCACCGGAUGCUUUCCGAUCCAUUAUGAUCGCUCCAUGGCGACGAGAGGGUUGGGAGGAGCUCAGCUAUGCUGUUUCUAGCCAAGCGGCAUAA